AGCGAAAGGACAUAUAACGCGUUUGAAAUUGUACUCCACAACUACUAGAUUGUUUUAACUUAACUCCAGUCUUACUGCUAAUUGUUAUAGGUUGCUGUUAUCAUUUAAUGUAAGUAUAACAUGUGUGCUUACUGUAUCUUCUCAAAAAUUUCCUCCUCUUCGCUUUUCAGAUUUCCGUACACGCUUUAAAGCGUACCCUCAGGGUAGGAGCAAACCGCCACGUGUUCGCAUCUCAUAAAAAAAGGUAUGCUUCUGAAGCUAUCUCAACGAUCCGACUGAGUUGAAUAUUAAACAUUCAAUGGCCGAAUCAUUAGCUCAAGCUGGAUUAUAUGUUGAUGAUUUUUAUAAACUUCGAAUAGUUGAUCCUAGAGUCGCACAAGAAACAAACGAACUCAAAGAAGAAUGUGAAAAAUACCUUUCAAAAAUGAGCGACUUUAAGAUGAUUAUUGGAGAACUUCUCAACCUGAUCAGCUCUGUAGCUGAAAAAGUUGAAUCGCAAAAGCUAAAAGCGAUUGGUUCAAGAAACCUACUUACCUCUAUGGAAAAGCAAAGAGAUUUACAACAAAAACACUUGGAAUCCCAGAUAUUGGCCAAAAAGAAAGAUAUAGAUAGGUUGAAUAUUCAAUUACAAUCAUUACAAAAAGAAGAAGCUGAACAAACCGAGUUUAUUGAACGUUUUCUUAUGGGUCGUUAAAUUGUUCUUAAAAUUGUAUUAGUAUUGUAUAGUAUCUUUUUAAAAAAAAUAACAAUAAAAUUUAUGUACAAAUAAAUGAAUUAUAUCAAAUUA